AUGAACUUCGCCGAUUUUUUGGAGAACAUCUUUUCGACUGAGGAUGACAGUCACGCGUCAUUGCCUUUUACUUGCCCGCAGUCGUGUGUUGACAAGAUUCAUGCAUUCGACGAUGCUGAACUCCAGUUGGCUUUGAAACAGCUUCGGAAUGGUAAGUUUGCAGACGGCGAUGGCUUGGUCUUGGAAAUGUUUAUUCAUGCCGGCGGGAUGUUACAUCAGUGCUUACUCAGCAUGUACAACCAUAUGCUACAUGAACACGUUUGGGAUCCGAAGUGGUGCCAUACCGCUUUCAGCAUGCUCCCGAAGACUGGUGAUGCUUCAGUGGCUUCGAAUUGGCGCCCGAUUGCGAUAUUGAAAGUGACUUACAAAAUUUUCUCGAAGAUGUUGUGCUCGCGAUUGCAACCGCUGCUGGAAAGUUACCAGUCACCCGACCAAGUGGGUUUUCGUCCGCAUCGCGGGACUGAUCAUGCUUUUGCAGUGUUUGACACCAUAUGUGGCAAAUCAGUUGAGUGGAAAUGCAACUUGUGGUUUGCAAGCUUAGAUCUUACGAAGGCUUUUGAUCGCAUGGAACACAACGCAUUGUUUGCUGCACUUGCGAAACAGGGUGUGGAAUCUUCGUACAUACAGCUAUUGAAGGCAUUGUACUUGGGUCAGACAGGAUCUGUUCAUGGCAGCCGCAGAUUUCGCAUCGCGCGUGGAGUCAAACAAGGUGAUGUUUUGAGCCCUUUGCUUUUCAACGCUGGGCUUGAAGCAGCGAUACAAUCUUGGAAAUCCCGCAUCCGUGACUGUGGUAUUCACGUGGGUCACACCGAACGUUUGACGAACAUUCGCUUUGCAGACGACUUGAUGAUUUACAGCAAAUCGUCAUCUGAAUUGGCCUACAUGUUGGAAGUGUUGUCGGAAGAGCUUCUGAAAGUCGGUUUGCAACUCAAUCCGAAGAAAACAAAAAUUUUGACGACAACGGAGCUGGCAUCGCCAAUGUACUUGGAUGUGCAUGGAGACAUGAUUGCGGUUUUGCACGGUAAAGAUCAACAUCCUUACCUCGGACGUUUAUUGUGUGGCAAUCUCCGUGAGCGUGCAGCCGUGGAAUACUCACACCGUAUUCGGGUUGCACAAGUUUCAUUUACAUCGGCAGAGCUUGCUGAACAAACAUGUCUCAUUGAAGAACAGGUUGAAGCUGUUUCAAGCAGUUGUGACUCCGGCGGUACUGUAUGGACUAUCAACUUUGCCGCGUACUGA